UGUUAACUUCUUGGGAUAUUACUAUCAACAACUCAAACGCAAUUUAUUUAAGCACAAGCGUAAAUAAACUAAUUGCUGGCUCAAACAAAUUCAAAUACCAGUAGAGCAUUAUUUAACAGAGGGCAAUAUGGCCAACAGAGCAAUAAAGUUACUCAUCAUAGGAGAAAGUGGCGUUGGUAAAUCCAGCCUGAUACGCCGAUUCGUCGAGAACAAGUUCGAUGAAAACCAUGAUGUCACAAUUGGCAUGGAUUUCAAGAGUGCUAUUAUGAAUGUGGAUGGUAUUGACUAUAAAGUGGCACUAUGGGACACAGCUGGCGCUGAACGAUUUCGGAGCUUAACGCCAAGUUUCUACCGCAAGGCGCUGGGCGCGAUACUCGUCUACGAUAUUACAAAGCGUGAUACUUUGGUCAAACUGGAGGCAUGGUUAGCAGAGCUGGAGAGCUACAGCGACAAUCCCAAUAUUGCCAUUAUGGUGGUGGGCAACAAGAUUGAUCAGGAGCGUGUAGUGGAUCGUGAUGAGGGACGCAAAUUUGCGCGCAAGCAUCGUGCACUAUUCAUUGAAACUUCGGCCAAAUGUGAUCAGUACGUGAGCGAUGCCUUCAAAGAUAUUGUGGAAAAGAUUGUGUCUUCGGAAUAUUUUAACAAUGGCAGCGAUGCCAACGGCAUGACCGUUAAUAAUAAUCAGGAUGUGGACUCGGAAGCAACGACGUCGUGUUAUUGCUGAUGCCGCCGCAGCAUAUUCGAGGUUUUCGUUUAAUUUUCAAAAAUAUUUAAUACGUUUUUAUUAUAUCUGUCAAAAUCACUGGGUGUGUAUUUAUUUAAAACAUGUUAUUAUAUCAUUAGCAUAAAAAUCUUAUACAUCAAUAUACUUACCAUAAUGUAUGUCUUCUCCCUAUCUCUUUCACACACACACUCACACACGUGCGUAACCAGUGUAGCUAGUUAACUGUAAAUAUACAUAAUUAAAAACCAGGCUCAUUGGCUUUUCUAAGUAAAUAA